GAUAAGUGUUUAGUUAUGAACAAGAGAUGCAGGGGCUCAGGACAAGCCCCUUGCUACUUGCUAAAUGGUCAUACAAGAAAUUGGCUGUGUCUCAUUGCUUUUGAUUGUAGGUCAAAGUUAGACCAGCAGUCUGAUGUUUUACUCUUGUGCUUAGUAAAUGCCUUUCACAGAAUUAAGCCUGCAGUUCACUCUUUGCUUUUGCAGAAGAACCCAUCUCUUCCCCAGGAGAGUAGAUUCCUUGUUUCAGUGUCUGGUGUUGCUGGCCAGCUGAGCUGCAUUUCCUUCCCACCUAAGGAAGAGAAGUACCUCCAGCAGAUUGUGGACUGCCCCCCCUGCAUCUUGAUCCUCGGCCAGGAUUGUAAUGUCAAGUGCCAGCUGUUGAACCUGCUAUUGGGGGUGCAGGUGCUCCCUACCACCAAGCUGGGCAGUGAGGAGAGCUGUAAGCUUCGGCGCCUCCGCUUCACCUAUGGGACUCAGACUCGGGUCAGCCUGGCGCUCCCCGGCCGGUAUGAACUAGUCCACACUCUGGUUGCUCACCAGGGCACCUGGGAGACCAUCCCUGAGGAGGACCUGGAGGUCCAAGAGGACAUCGAGGAUGCUGCUCAUGUGUUAGCCGAACUGGAGGUGACGAUGCAUCAUGCUCUCUUACAGGAAGUGGACAUUGUGGUAGCACCGUGCCAAGGCCUCCGGCCCACAGUGGAUGUUCUGGGUGACUUGGUGAAUGAUUUCUUGCCUGUGAUAACCUAUGCACUCCACAAAGAUGAACUCUCCGAGAGGGAUGAGCAAGAGCUUCAGGAAAUCCGAAAGUGUUUCUCUUUGCCCAUAUUCUUUUUCAAAGUGCCGAAGCUGGGCUCAGAGAUAAUUGACUCUUCCACCAAAAGAAUGGAGAAUGAAAGAUCACCACUUCAUCACCAGCUAAUUGACCUGGGCUAUCUGAGCAUCAGUCACUGUAACUGUGGGGCCCCUGGCCAGGACACUAAAGCUCAGAGCAUGUUGGUGGAACAAAGUGAGAAGCUGAGACACUUAAGCACAUUUUCUCACCAGGUGCUACAGGCUCGCUUGGUGGAUGCAGCCAAGGCUCUGAACCUGGUGCACUGCUGCUGCCUUGACAUCUUUAUUAACCAGGCCUUUGACAUGCAGCGGGACCUGCAGAUUACUCCCAAACGUCUGGAGUAUACGAGAAAAAUGGAGAAUGAGUUAUACGAAUCACUGAUGAAUAUUGCCAACCGAAAGCAGGAAGAAAUGAAGGAUAUGAUUGUUGAAACGCUUAACACCAUGAAGGAGGAGCUUCUGGAUGAUGCUGCCAACAUGGAGUUUAAAGAUGUCAUUAUCCCUGAGAAUGGGGAACCAGUGGGCACCAGAGAGAUCAAAUGCUGCAUUCGACAGAUCCAGGAACUCAUCAUCUCCCGGCUGAAUCAGGCGGUGGCUAAUAAGCUGAUCAGCUCAGUGGAUUACCUACGUGAGAGCUUUGUUGGGACCCUGGAACGGUGUCUGCAGAGCCUGGAGAAGUCUCAGGAUGUCUCAGUUCACAUCACCAGUAAUAAUCUGAAACAGAUCUUAAAUGCUGCCUAUCAUGUCGAAGUCACAUUUCACUCAGGGUCCUCAGUUACAAGGAUGCUGUGGGAGCAAAUCAAACAGAUCAUCCAGCGCAUCACAUGGGUGAGCCCACCCGCCAUCACGCUAGAAUGGAAGAGGAAAGUGGCCCAGGAAGCCAUUGAGAGCCUCAGUGCCUCCAAGUUGGCCAAAAGCAUUUGCAGCCAAUUCCGGACCCGGCUCAAUAGUUCUCAUGAGGCUUUUGCAGCCUCCUUGAGGCAGCUGGAAGCUGGCCACUCAGGCCGGUUGGAGAAAACUGAGGAUCUGUGGCUCAAGGUUCGGAAAGAUCAUGCCCCACGCCUGGCCCGCCUUUCUCUGGAGAGCCGAUCUUUACAAGAUGUCUUGCUGCAUCAUAAACCUAAACUGGGACAGGAACUGGGCCGGGGCCAGUAUGGUGUGGUGUACCUGUGUGACAACUGGGGGGGACAUUUCCCUUGUGCCCUGAAGUCGGUUGUUCCUCCAGAUGAGAAGCACUGGAAUGACUUGGCCUUGGAGUUUCACUACAUGAGGUCUCUGCCGAAGCAUGAGCGAUUGGUGGACCUCCAUGGUUCUGUCAUCGACUACAGCUAUGGUGGUGGCUCCAGCAUUGCCGUGCUGCUCAUUAUGGAGCGGCUCCACCGGGACCUCUACACUGGGCUGAAGGCUGGGCUGACCCUGGAGACACGUUUGCAGAUAGCGCUAGAUGUGGUGGAAGGAAUCCGCUUCCUGCACAGCCAGGGACUUGUCCACCGUGACAUCAAACUGAAAAACGUGUUGCUGGACAAGCAGGACCGAGCCAAGAUCACUGACUUAGGAUUCUGCAAGCCAGAGGCCAUGAUGUCAGGCAGCAUUGUGGGGACGCCAAUCCAUAUGGCCCCUGAACUUUUCACAGGGAAGUACGACAAUUCCGUGGAUGUCUACGCCUUCGGCAUUCUUUUCUGGUAUAUCUGCUCAGGCUCUGUCAAGCUCCCUGAGGCAUUUGAGAGGUGCGCCAGCAAAGACCAUCUCUGGAACAAUGUGCGGAGAGGAGCCCGCCCAGAACGCCUUCCUGUGUUUGACGAGGAGUGCUGGCAGCUGAUGGAAGCCUGUUGGGAUGGUGACCCCUCUCAGAGACCUCUCUUGGGCAUUGUCCAGCCCAUGCUUCAGGGCAUCAUGGAUCGGCUCUGCAAGUCAAAUUCUGAGCAGCCAAACAGAGGACUAGAUGAUUCUACUUGAAAGCAAAGAACUUUCUCUUUCACUCUCUGUCUUUCCUUCCCCUCACCUUUGGCCAUGGGAAGAAUUUGACAGUUGUUCAUUAGGAGAGCUCACAGGGGAAUGGACGCUUGCUGGGCAGCUGGAGACCUCCCCAGGCAGAGAUGACUCCUGGUAGUGCUGUCAGACGCUGAGCAUAUUCAGCAGUUCACUGAUGCCCCAAGCUGUUCCUUUAGCAAGAGAUUGUCUAGGUCAUGGGUAAGAGGCUGAAGAAGACAAUGUUCUGGCCUUGGAACUGAAAAGGAGGUAAAUGUUACCAUUGUCUGUUCACUGUGUUACUAAGACAAGCGGGAUACUGCAUUGGCAGUAGUAUUAAAAACAAUAAUUUUCAUAGUUUUGGCUUUAACUAGGGAUAGUUUGGUUCUAUCCAGUUGUCAGGACCCUUAGAAAAUUCAAACUUAGUUCUGGAAUUGUGAAAACAUAGGAGCGAGAAAAUAACUUGUGGCUACCUGGUUCCUGUGGUCUGCACCCAGAGAUCUCGGGUUGCACCAGCCAGAGGUCCCAGUGAUGAAGCGGAAACAAGGCUGUCCAUUCCUUCCAGUGCCAGUGUGUUUACAUGUAUAGGCCCACAUAGCCCUGACUUCUGGAGAGUUUCAGUUACAUCACUAAGAGGCCACAAAAAGAAAAAAAAUUGUGUGUGUGUGUAUGCUAUUGGAUUUCGAGUUAUUGCUACUCCUAGAACAGAAUCUCUUCUACCCUUGGGUCUUCAUUUUUUUUCUCUUUUUGGUCUCAAGAUGGGGAAACUCCAGAUAACAUGGUAAUUAGGGGUGAUGUCUGAGAAAAACUGACCCAGUGUGAAUGAGUAUUUGGUGAGACUGAGACAUCACGGACAGUGAUCUGGAGGCCAUGGGUCUCCAUACAAACCCACAGCUUGUUUUUCAAAACUUAAAAAAUUCAAAAACUUCUUUCUGUGUUUGACUAUAACACAUUUAUGUUUUUAAACUUGAUCAGUGAGCUUUUUAACCAAGGUUUCUUCUGCAACUUGUCCCUUUUUACCUUAUUUUAAAUAUAAUGUUUGGGGGAAAGAACCAGAUGAAAGAGAAGAACACUUUUUGUAGUUGUGUGUGUGCCCUUUACCCUUGUGUGUUAGUGUCUGGAAUGGACCCCCUCCCUUGUAUUUGGAAGGUGGGGUGCUGGUUUUUGGGAGAGUUUGUCAUGAAAUGUACAUAAGAAGAAAAACUCUUAUGAGUCAAAGGAAGGGGAACAAUUUAAAUAUUGUGCAUCUCAGAUCCUGACUUCAAGCCUCCCUCAACCAAAAUGGUCCAUUAGAUGUAGAAGAACAUGUAGGUGAAGGAAUGGACAGUGGAGGUGAGUAACCUCCUCCAUCGGCCUAAUCCCCAAUCACUGUGGUCUGUCCCCUGUGCCUCGUCCCAAACUAUGUGAAAUAGGUGCCUGAGUAGGUGUGUAAGAUAAUGGGCAGAUUUGCUGCUGGAAUUUUCUAGGGUUGUUUGUGACUGAAUGACCAUCUCUUAAAUGUAGGGUAUAAAUAAGGUCUACAGAAAGUGAUCUGUAUAACUUUGAAAGCCCAGUUGACUCUGGCUCCCCAGGCUCUGAUUAUGACAUGCGUGAGUGUAGUAGCCCCUGAGCUCUAGCCCUCCAGCAACCGUGUAGCGCUAAGACCUUUCUACUGCAAAUGACAAGUUGACGGACCCAGUGCUUUGGGUUCUGUGGGCUCCAGCCUUGUUUCGGUGGAAUGUUCAGUCUCUCAGAAUUUUUAACACUUAUUUAGCUGUACUUCAAGUCACUCUGAUUCUUGUCAGCAUUAGCUCAUUGCCCUUCUGGGACUAUGAUGGCCUUCUAGGGAACCAUGUUCAAGUUUAAAAAGUAGAGGAAUAGUCCCUACUUGCUGGAAAAUCAGUGUAAGUCUUGUUCUGUAUGAAAUUUCAAGAAAGUUUUUAUAUAGUUCUUUUUUUCAGAAAUUGCAAGAAAGCUUUUAUAUAGUUCCCUUUUCCAGUCUUUUUAACUCUGACUAUAAUCAGGAGUCUGUGCUCCCAUUAUGGAGACCACAUUCCUAACAUUCUUUGGAAGUCUUAGUUCAUACCCCCAUUCACACAGGGGAGGGUAGGUUUUUACCACCCAGAGUCCCUUUUCCGUUUAUCCCCUGUGGCUUAGUCUGCUCUCAGACGUCAGUUUUCUAGCAGAUGCCCCACAUAUUUUGCCUGAGGAGGGAGGGAGGGGCUAGUGGAUGAGUAGUUGUGUUACAGUUCAUUAAAUUAAAAAAAAAAAAAAAGUAUUCAGAGAAAGGUGCAGAAUAUUCCUGAAAGUCUCCAGGCCAGCCAAAGCCCACAUGUCGACAUUCGGAGGUGUUAAACACUCAGCAGGCUGAGUGCAGGAAUACAUAUGUAUAACACGUGUAUACUUUGCUUUUGUUUUACAACCAUUGUCAGCAAAUUUCAGAUUCUUUGUUCCUUGGCAUCCGUUGUUAUUAAAGUGAUGGAAUGCCAUGAAAUGUACUGUAUUGUAUAUUACUUGGGAAGAUACUAAGUAUUAAAGAUGUUUGGUGGCACUUGGGCUGUUAAAAGCUCAGCAAGACCAAAGUCUGAAGAAUUUACCUCCUAGCUUUGGCUGUAUGUGCUCCUACUGGUGAGGUGAGACAGUGGCUGGGGAGGAAGAAGGAUGAGAUGAAAGGAUUACCUGUGUUUUAUCCUUCUAGUCAGUUUAAUUAGGGCAAUGUACCUCAGCCCGAGAAUGAUCACCUGGCCAUUUUUAAUGCACUUGAAGUCUGAUCACUUAUGUUGCUUCAGAACUGAGUGGGGGACCUUCCUGCAGAGCAAUCAGAAGACAUGGAGUCUGGAGCCAGGCGUGGCUGACCCUGUGCCUAGGAAGCCAGCAGCAAGGUCAGUCGUGGGUGGAGGAAUGCUCGUUGGGGGGGGGUUUCCACAGGCGUGCCCUAGUUCCCUUAUCCUCUGCAGAGUAGCUCACUGAUGACAAGCCUUUCACAGCUCUGGAAAGAAGGACUAUGCUGGUUCUUCCCAGACCAAAGAGAGUCACUUGUGACUCCAUCACUUUCAGGGGGACAGAGCCUAGGCAGAAGCUUUUCCUAAUUUUUAACACUAAAAGUCAAGGUAACAGUGGAGGAAAGGAUACGUUACUAUCACAGAUAGAAAUAGGGGAAUGGCAGAACUCUCAACUGGUACCUGUUAGCUCUCCAAUACUUUUUUUUUUCAUCUUUGCUUGAGUAGCCAAAGGUAUUGGAGAAGUUUUUUUGUUACCAGACAAGUGGUUUGGGAUGCAAUGUGAUAACUGCACUGAAUGACACUUUAUUUUUUGGGUUUUAUUCAGCACUGACAAGCCAAGGGGGGAUUGGUGGUUACAGGAGCACAUGGGGGAAUAGGGACUCCCUCUGGCCUUACUUUGGCAAGAAGGCAUGCUUGGUGUUCUGUCUGGCUAAUCAGGGAACCCUCAAACUCCACAGUGCAUCAGAGCGGGCUACAGGACCCUCCAAGAGUCCAUUGCCAAAAGAGUAGUUUCUUUGAGAUUUCAAAGCUUGAUUUUGGGAUUUGCUGGAUCAAAUAACCCACUUUCUUUUCAAAAAGAAAAAAAAGAGGGUUUUAUCCUUCGAAAUAUGCAGGUGUGGCAGGUAAGGAUUAGUAUGGCUGUUAAUAAGUAUGGCAGGAGUAACUCUGAGAAACUUAUAUCGUGAACUCCCUUGGGGAUUUCAAGGAGCACUACUGUUCUUGUAAGGGUUUUAUUUUUAACUUCAUCUGCUUUGUUAACAUCCAGUCCAAUUGAGAUGAUUGCAGAGACUAUGUGAACACCUGGCACUGGGUAGGCCUUCUUCCCCGGAGGGUUGAAAAGAAAAUUGGUCUGGACAGCUUGUUGUCUUUUGUCAUUAUGUAAUAUUUUUGUUUGUUUUAAAGCGCUAAUGUUUAUUAUGGUGUUAAAUAAAAGUGUAACAUACUAAAUGUGUAGAAUAAAAGUGCAAUAAGUAGAGAAAUUACUUUGGCACAAACUUCAGUCCUUACACUCUCCUUUCUUGUGCUACCUGUCUCUUUCCACAUUGUUACAUUUCCACAUUGUUACAGCAGGACCCUGUUAAUUUUGUGUAUUUUUAAGAGACGCAAUUAAGGGAUAAGUCUUCACUUAGUGUAAUUUUGAAGGGUUGGGUUUGGUUUUAUAGAAUCCUGUAUACCUGUUGAGGUGCACAAAUACCAGAUGUGCUGUAUAAUAAAGAUCACAUUAACGUUUA